AUGUCGGAGGAGAAGUGCAGAGAGACACUGUUGAAGAAGAAGAAAUAUUAUGAGAACUGCUCUGGCUGUAAGGUUGAUAAGCUCAAAGAACUAAAACAAGGUUUACCCAUUCGGGAAAUCAUUUCUUUGUGGUUUGUUGCGGUUUGUAAUUCACUGUCAGUAUCAUCACUCUUUCCCUUCCUUUAUUUCAUGAUUAGGGAUUUUCAUAUUGCAAAAAGGGAGGAAGAUAUUGGCUACUAUGCUGGCUUUGUGGGGUCUUCACUCAUGAUUGGCAGAGCUUUAACAUCUGUCUUAUGGGGAGUGGUGGCUGACCACUAUGGUCGAAAACCCAUAAUACUAUCUGGGACCAUCUCAGUGGUUGUUUUGAGCACUCUCUUUGGGCUUAGUAUAAACUUUUGGAUGGCUGUCAUCACAAGGUUUCUUCUUGGGAGUAUGAAUGGUUUACUUGGAACGACAAUGGCAUAUGCAACUGAAGUUAUGCGUGAAGAACACCAAGCUUUAGGAUUGUCAGCAGUGAGUACAGCAUGGGGCAUAGGACUCAUCAUGGGCCCAGCAGUGGGUGGUUUUUUGGCUCAGCCAGCAGAUAAGUAUCCAAGCAUAUUCUCUAAAGAAUCUUUAUUUGGGAAGUUUCCAUACUUCUUGCCCUGCUUUGUUAUGUCACUUAUUGCUUUGGGAGUAUCUAUGGCUUCUUGCUGGCUUCCGGAGACGUUGCACAUCCAUAAGGAAGACAAUGUAGCAUGUGAUUUCUCAAAUGAUCAAAUGGAAUCUGCAUCCUGUGGGUCUGAUGCGGAUUUUAAAGGACAAGAAGGAAGCAAGAAAACUUCUAAGGAAAGCCUCAAUAAGAAUUGGCCCUUAAUGUCUUCUAUUAUUGUUUACUCUAUUGUUGCACUGCAUGAUAUGGCUUACUCAGAGAUGCUAUGUUCAAAUUUCUAGUUUGUCAGCCCUAGGAAGUAUGGGGGUCUGAGCUAUUCUACUGAAGAUGUUGGUGAAGUACUUGCAAUUUCAGGUCUCUGCCUCCUUAUUUUUCAAUUUACUGUAUAUCCGUUUCUGGAGAAAUUUUUUGGGCCGAUAGUGUUAGCACGCAUGGCAGGGGUUUUGACCAUACCCCUUUUGACAAGUUACACUUACAUAGCAAAGUUAUCUGGAUUCAGUCUUGCCUUGCUGAUAAAUUGUGCUUCUGCAAUAAAGAAUUCCUUAAUCAUGGCUAUGGUAACUGGAUUAAAUCUUCUGCAAAACCGAGCAGUGGAGCAACAUCAAAGAGGAGCUGCGAAUGGAAUUGCUAUAACAACAAUGUCACUUUUCAAAGCUGCUGGUCCAGCAGGAGGAGGUGCUCUAUUGUCUUGGGCACAAAAACGCCGAGAUGCUUUCUUCCUCCCAGGUGACCAAGCGAUUUUCUUCAUGCUAAAUGUGGUUAUGGCGGUUGCAGUAAUAUUGUCCUUCAAACCUUUUCUUACUCAACGCCGCGGGUAG